AUGUCAAAACCCGAGUCCCAAGCCAAGGGCGUCAUUGCUUUCGGGCAGCAGCAAAUAGAUCGCGUCAUUGCCCCCUCUACGCGCCAGAAGGCGUACAGUGCUACCGCUGAUUUUGCGACUGAGAAGCCCGUGGUAUUCGCCUUUCUCGCAUCGCAGGUCCUCUUCUCCUUCGUUCCUCUUCUCCUCUUCACCUGCUUCGCCCUCUCCACCGUUGUUUUCGCCCUCGUGUCCGCCGUCAUCUUCUCGCUCUUCUGGAUCGGCGUCGCUAUGCUCGUCUUAGUUCCGACCCUCUUCGUGACCUUCAGUGUCGGUGUACUCGUGUGGUUAUGGGUCGUUGCCACGCUCCUGGUCGGACGCUGGGUCUAUAACAUGAUACCGGUUAACGCGCGCGGGGACGACAUGGCGGUUCAGUUGCCGAACGGCAAGCAAACCAUCUACCAGGAUGAGGACCAGGUCAAUGGCCACGGCCAUGAGUCCGAUCACGGCGAUGUCAAGUCCGAGACCACCGAGAUCAAAGAGUAG